AUGUCCGCCCCCAACCCCGGCCGCCAAUCCCCCGACCCCGAGCGCCAGAGCGGCGCCCAGCAGCGAGACCCCGUCUCGGCAGGAAAGACCCUUCCUGAAUUCCGUGGUGAGCCUCGUCACUCGCAGGUCGAAUCCGAGGACACCAAGAACACAAAGCUUGAGAGCAAUCCCGUGCAUCGGUUGGAAGAGAUUGAGGCGAAGAAGUAUCAAAAAUAA